AUGAAGCAAGUUAAAUUCGUCCCACACCAAACUCAAUGGACCGAUGAAGAGUUUCAAGCUAUGGUUGAAGGUGUUGAGAACGACAUAGACGGCGAACUUGAAGGAGCUCAAACCACAAUUGCAACCAAAAUUGCACAAGUCAAAGAAGAGAUAGCUCCACUUAAAGCUACCAAAGCUACUCUUGACCUCAUGGAUACUUACCGUUUAGAUGUCAAGAGAGGAAUAAGACAAUUAAAAUUAAAACUCUUAAAUUACGAAGCUAUACUCCAGAAGUUAGCAGAGAUGAGAAGACUUUACCAGAGCUACUUACAUGUAAGGGACUUACCUUCAAGCAGUCCAACCAAAGAUGAAUUUUCUGACAUUGUCCCAAUUUUGUCCGAAAGUCAGCUCAGAUGUUUUGAACUGCUCCCAACAUAG